AUGAGCUUUCCAUCGAGAAAUCAAUCAAGAAAGAGAUCAUAUCAAGAGUCAAAUGAAAUAUUUGUUUUAGAAGAGCAAUCAAAAGAUAAAGAUAGAAAACCUAUCAUCAUUGAAGAUAUUGAUUUCGAUGAUUUAAAUUCAUUGAUAAACUUUAAUAGAGUUUAUCAUCUUUAUUAUCAAUGUUUGGAGAAUAGAGAUGAUAAAACGAGAUCACAAUGUGUUAGGUUCUUUGUUGAUUAUCACAAAUGGAAGUUUUUACAUUAUUUCGAUGUUGAAGGUUAUACCAAGUUCAUCGUAGAUGUAUUCUUUGAUCCUUCAUUAGAUGUCAUAAUCUAUGUAUUCAACAACAUGUUAUCAUUUAAAUCUGCUACUAAAUCAUUAAUCAAAGAUAUUUCCAAUCGAAUAACCAAUGAUAUAAGACAACUCGAAAUAGAUAAUAAUCAAUUAAAGAAGAGAUUUGAUAUCUAUACAGAGUGUUGUCUGUUCAGAAUAAAGAAAAUCAAAAGUAAAGAUCAUAACAAAUUGGGUAUGGUAAACAACAACAACAAUAUUGAGAAUAUUGUUAACACCAGAGAAAAAGAAAUAGGUAAUGGUGAUAGUAGUAAUAGUAUGACUAAAGAAAAAGUCUCAAAUAGAAUUAUAUCGGAUUUAUUGGUGGAUAGAAUCAUUUCAUUUUCAUUGAGAGAAGAUCAAGUUCAAUAUGGAGAGAAAAGAUAUCAAAUCGAAAAAGAAGAGUUGAACAACAAGUUUAUUUUGAAUUUUGCAUUGGUAUCGAAACAAUUCUUUAGAGUUGCAUCAAAGAAGAUGAACGAUAACUAUCACAAUAUGUUUGGAUAUGUCAAUGUUGAUAAUGAAUAUUCAUUAAUCAAAUCACCUCCAUUGUUCUUUGAUUACGAAUCGAUCAAGUUCAUCAGAUACGAUGAUAGUGCCGAACAAAUCACUCAAUUCUUUUCAAGAGUUGAAUUGUUCCAUAUUAAAUCAGAUGAAUACGAUGUUAAAAUCAAUGGUGCCUUCUCAAGAGAAUACAUUAAUGUUUCAAAUGAUAAUUCCUAUGAAGAUUUCUAUAGUGAUGUGAUUACAUGUGAUGGUUACUUGACAUACCUACCACCAAUGCCAAAUCUAAAGAAUAUCUUUGUGCAUGAAUACUUUGGAUACCAAAGUAACUACAGUUCAUUUCUAAUAUCGAUCUUUGAGAACACACCGAAUGUAGAUGGACAUGGUAUCGAAUCAUUCUAUAUCAAUAUCAAAAAAGAUUGGAACUCAACUCCAGAUGAUAAUAACUUGGAUUUCUUGCAACCACUGUUAUCAUUACACUCAAAGACAUUGAAAUCAGUCACACUUGAAUAUUAUCAUAUCUAUCGAGAGGGUGGACGUAAUCUUCUUUCUAGUUUGAAAAAGAUGCUUCCAACAAUCAAACAAUAUAAUUACUCUUUCAUUAUCUACGGAAACUUUAAAAAGUUGAGAUACGCAUGUCGCGAUAAUGAAGAUCUACAGAGUCACUUUCAUCAUCGUUAUGAUGAUUAUUCGACCAAUAAAAAUUAUAAUUCAUCUGUAAUAAGUUUAUAG